UUCAUUGUAUCUUUUCUAUUCACAGUAAAGACAUGAACCGAGGGAUGAUGCUGAAAUUGGAAAACCUGGUCCAAUUACGUUGUGCUUGCAGACAGCUGCAUAGUCUUUCUUACAGGAAAAUUCACAGAACACAGUGGAAGCCUGUGCAAUCAUCCACAUACACCAUGCGGCCAGUUCAGCUGCACCCACAGCUCUGGCAAACAAACACAUUCUUUGGUGUUGCGCUCUCACAAUAUAGGCUUUUAGCUACAAAGGAGGGGAAAAGACCAGGAAAACAGAAAUUACAGCCAAUAAAACUUAAAAUAGAAAGGCAGGAGGUAAACAUACAGCCAAGGAUGACAGCUGAAGAUCUUGCAAGAGCUAUGAAUAAAGACAUAGAUCAUGUGUAUGAAGCCCUACUACUCACAGGUGUUGCCCUAGACUCACUAGAACCAGAUUCAGUUUUGGAAGAAGUUUGGAUUAAGGAAGUUGUUAAAAAAUCAGGGAUGAAAUACAAAUGGGCAAAAUUAAAACAAGAAAAAGUCAGAGAAAAUAAAGAUGCCGUGAAAAGGUAAAACUGUGGUUGUUCUUUUGAUUGUUUCCUACUACUAUUAAAAUAGCACAUUUGGAAUACACAGCUGAUAAUAUUUAGAAAAUAAAUUUUAACUUCUGGUUUAAUUCCUGUGCCCAUGUAAUUGCUACAU